ACCAGGAAGAAGAGCUGUAAACAGCGGUGGAGGUUUAAUAUCUCAACAUUUCACUAAAUCAUUCUGCCGCUUACUACUUUUGGCGUCUUUUUACCCACAAAUGGACGCUCAGUCGUAUCUUCCCGUCCAACCCGGAGUCGGAAUGGAGGAGAACUUCUUCUCUCUCGACGACAUUUUGCUGUCUCAUGAGAGGCUUCCUGUCCGGACGGAGUGCACCUUCCCCCGGCUUGGGUUCCUGGAGAAGUCGAGCGACUCGCCGGACAUCCCGGAGGGCACAAAGAUGGAGCUUCCUGUGUGGCUGUCGAAGGGUCUGUACGAGAGGAAGAGGAGGGUUCUGUCCGUGGAGCUUCCUAAGGUUUACAGAGAAGGCUGGAGGACCGUUUUCACCGCCGACCCCAACGUGGUCGACCUGCACAAGAUGGGACCUUACUAUUACGGUCUGGGCUCCCAGAUGCUGCACUUUGAGAGCCCAGAGAACCCAGACAUCGCUCAGACCCUGCUGCAGACCUUCAUCGGCCGGUUCCGGCGGACCAUGGACUCCUCCCAGAACGCCUACAACGAGGACACGUCGGCGCUGGUGGAGCGACUCGACUGUCUGGAGAAGACCCUGUUCCGGUCCGGCCAGAGCGGCCUGAACGGCUUCCAGAGCUGGGAGAAGGGCCGGGCCUCGACGCUCACCGCCUCCAGCCUGGUGCUCAACUACCGCAAGAGGAAGAUCAACGACGUUCAGCCCUGAUCGGUCGUGAAUAUCGGAACGUGGCGGCAGAACCUUCUUUGUCCACGGAUAAGUUCUUCCUCUCAACCCGAGUCAUGCUGCCAGAGAUGGGACUCUAUACGGACUACACACACCUUUAUAUUUAUUUAAUCCAACCAUUCUGACCAGUUUGUGACGGACAUCCAGUCGAUCUACACACGUUCUGUUCCUGUAAUUUUGUUUGUUUUUAUCAGUAAAAACACAGCUGCUUGUUU